AUGGCAGAUCCAGAACCCUGUAGCGAAUCAUCUGCCUCCGCCCCAGACGGCAAACCCCAGCGGGAUGCUCACAGCACAGCCAAUCGAGUCAGAAGGAGGGUUGUUACUGCCGCCCGAAGAGAGCAGAAUAAAAAUGCCCAGCGAGCAUAUCGCGAGAGACACGGGCGGUCCCGAAAGUCCGUUGCUCUUUGCAGUGAAAGCGUUCGGAGUAUUGCGCCUCGACCCUUAGCCAGGUCACUGUGGGAUACGUUGUCUGAAAACCAAAGUUUCGAGAAUGUACCGUCUCCAGACAGUCCAACAGAACCUGCUUCGGUAGGAGAUGCAGAGACCCGCUCAGGGACAGCGGUAAUUCGUUCUGCUGAUCCACUUUCAAACACCCUUCAAACAACACGAGACACUAUCUGGUUGGCGGUCCUCAACAAUGCUCUGUGUCUGGGCUUUGAUCUCGCAAAGCUUGCAGCGUGUAGUGCCUCCUACAUGUCGCCAUUCUAUAGGCCCAUCACAACACAAGAUAGCCCCCGAGAUGUAAUCGCUUCCACCCUCAACACUUCAGUCCCCGUACACCUGCAACCGACAAUGGCCCAAAUACUCAUACCACAUCACGCCAGUCUUGAUUUGAUACCCCUGCCGUUGCUUCGCGAGCGUGCCAUUAUGAUGACCUUCGCCAUGCCUGACAUCUUUGAUCUGUGGGAUCUCAAAUUGGAUAUCUAUACUCGACAUGCUCUUGUCUGCCGGCGAUAUCUGGAGAACGGACCUUGCCAGCCUUGGGAUUCGAAGAGCUGGGAAGCCAAGCCCUGGUUCAUGAAGAAAUGGAGUAUGGCUCUCGAGGGCUGA